UGGUAAAUAGAGUGUAAUCGGAUCAUUUCGCAUCUCCGUUCCGAGACGACUUCAGGACCCCCAAAAACACACAUAACAGAUCAAAAAGCUCCUAUGGCUCCGCUUGCUCCCAGAUCCGGAGAUGCCAUUUUCGCCAGCGUUGAGCGCGUCAAUGCUGAGCUUUUCACCCUAACAUACGGGGCGAUUGUGCGCCAACUGCUUACGGAUCUUGAGGAUGUCGAGGAAGUCAACAAACAGCUUGAUCAGAUGGGUUAUAAUAUUGGAAUUCGACUGGUUGAUGAGUUUCUAGCAAAAUCCGGUGUCUCCAGAUGUGUCGAUUUCAAGGAAACAGCUGAAGUUAUUGCCAAGGUUGGUUUGAAAAUGUUCCUAGGGGUCACUGCAUCUGUGACCAAUUGGGAUGCUGAUGGAACAAGUUGCAGUCUUAUUUUGGAGGAUAACCCGCUAGUAGACUUUGUUGAGCUUCCUGAUACAUGUCAGGGUCUUUAUUAUUGCAAUAUCUUAAGUGGAGUUAUUAGAGGAGCUCUAGAGAUGGUAUCAAUGAAGACUGAAGUCACAUGGGUCCGUGAUAUGCUUAGGGGGGACGAUGCAUUUGAACUGCAGGUGAAACUCUUGAAGCAAGUUCCCGAGGAGUACCCGUACAAAGACGACGAGUAGCAUGCCAUCUUGACACUUGAUAUCAUGCAUAUACAACUUAUGAUUUUCGUAUCUUACUUUGUUCUACAUGUAUUUUUUCGUAUUUUCAGUCUUCUCCUGAAGUUGCAUUUGGUUCCAAUGGAGCUUUUAUAAGAUUAUUUUAUUGUUCAUCUUUAUGUUGAUUCCAGUUCUGGAAGGCAUUCUUGCUCAAGACCUAAAGUAAUUGAAAGUUAGAGCUUUGUUUGAUCGCA